AAAAGGCGAGAGAGGAGCCGGUAGUGAAAGAAAGUCGCAGCCUAUUACAAUACUGAGAAGACUGUGUGUGUGGGUUCUCCAGUGCAAGUGAUUUCUCCUCCGACCGCCGCUAAUUUCACUCGCUCCACUCUCCAAAACCUCUUCUCCACGACUUUCGUUUCGUGUAGAACACAAAAGGUACACUCUUUACGGCCACUUUUUGUUGCGGUAUCUUGCGGUGUCUUUUGGGGUGGUCGGAACUUGAAGAAGUCUCCAAGAGCAUAUUCGAAUUCGGUGGCAAGUGUGUUUAGGGUAGAAAGUGUUCGGUUUUGUUGGUUUUGGUUUUGAUUGAGGGUAUCAACUGCCCAUGGACUACGAGCCCUACGAUAGCAGCGGAACUGAUGACGAUCUUCCUCCAUCACACCAAAAUAGAAUUCCCAGAGGGGGUCGUGUUGCAGGGAAUGGAAGAUCUGCUGUGGGUUCCGUCCCAUAUCCUAGGAUGUAUGGUGAUACUGACAUGGAAGCACAAAUUCACCAGCUUGAGCAAGAAGCAUACAGUUCAGUUCUAAGAGCCUUUAAAGCUCAAGCUGAUCUCAUUACUUGGGAAAAGGAAAGUCUGAUAACAGAACUUAGAAAGGAGUUGAGGCUAUCGAACGAGGAGCAUAGAGAACUUCUAGGACGGGUUAAUGCAGAUGAUGUCAUACGGAGGAUAAGGGAGUGGAGACAGGCUGGUGGGGCUCAACUCGGCAUGCACAAUACUGUGCAAGCAGCUCAUGAUCCAAUACCCAGUCCUACUGUCUCUGCAUCUCGCAAGAAACAGAAGAUGACCCAGUCAGUACAUUCACAAUCCUUUGUUGGGCCAUCGCCACCAUUUCAUCCACAGGCUACCGCAUCCCACCAGCCAUCUUCAUCUACUCUUAAACGAGGGUCUGUCCCGGCCCCAGCCCCAGCCCCAGCCCCAGGAGCCAAGGGAAAGAAACAUAAACCUGGUCAAAUUUUACCGGGUGCUUCUUCAAUGAAGCAGUUCCCUUCCUCAGGUCCGACAGGAAGAGGUCAAGUUUCGAAUAGAGUCUCUUCCGGUGCCAUUGUCAAUGAACCUGCUGAAGGAACGACAUAUGAUCCCUUGAUUGGCAGGAAAGUAAGGACUAGGUGGCCUGAUGACAACAACUUUUAUGAAGCUGUUAUAACGGACUACAAUCAAGCUGAGGGACGACAUGCCCUAGUCUACGAUAUUAAUUCUGCAAAUGAAACUUGGGAGUGGGUUAAUCUAUCAGAGAUAUCUCCCGAGGAUAUUCAAUGGGUAGGUGAAGAUCCUGGAAUAUCUCGUCGUGGGGGUUAUGGUGGAUCUGGUCAUGGUAUUAACAGAUCUGUAGGCCGUGACAAUGUUCCAGUUCCUGGAAGAGGUAGAGGGAUCCCAAAGGGUCAAUCAAGAAAAGAUUUUCCACCGUCACAGAAUGGCAUUGGAAAGAAGGCUCCAGAUGAUAUACAGUUACUUCACACUGAUACUUUAAUUAAGGAGGUAGAGAGAGUCUUUGGUGCAAAUCAUCCAGACCCUGUUGAAAUUGAGAAAGCGAAGAAAGUGUUGAAAGACCAUGAACAAGCACUUAUCGAUGCAAUUGCAAAGCUUGCUGAUAUUUCAGACGGUGAAAGCGGACCUUUGCCUUUAAACAGCUGACGGUGCCCAGCAGUUCUUACAUAGGCAACCAAUGGAUCGAGAAUGGUAGAUUACUGGUUUUAGAUCUGAAGCAGCAAAGCGCAUAUUUGUGGUUACAAGGCUUGAAGCGGGCAAUAAUAUGAUAGGCAAAGCUAUUAGGAUGCAGAAGUGAAACAGAUCUGGGUUGAAGGCCAGUUUUUUUGUACAAUGAUAUGUUAAUUACAUAACCCAACAUGUUAAAAUUCUGGGUUUUGGUCUUUUCAGGAUAGGCAUUAUUGUAGGAUGAGAAUUACUAUAGCGGGGCAAUAAUUUCUUUUUAAAUAGUGGGCAUUAUUAACCUAGGAAAGGGCUGAUGCUUGUGUAAUAGUGAUUAGUGUGCCGUCGUGUAAAUUAUUCAUCCUGUCUCCGUUUCGGUUUAAACCGAGGCGUCUGUAUCGAGGGUUUACUGCAAACUUGAGGAAGAUAGAAAACCAUUUUGGUUAGCCAAA